GUAUAAUAUUUUAUUAACCAGCAAUAUGUCUUUGGCACAUAGAUUCAUGAUGUUUCUCUGCACCAAGCAGAAAACAUUUGGAAUGAUUAUGCUCAGAAGAUUCGUCCACUAUAUGAUAAUAAUCCCAACAAGUUUUACGCUAGCUUAUCUGGCUAGGAGCUUCCAAGAUUCUUUUGUAAUUUCUGCUAAUACUCCAAGUCUUUUGGGAGGAGGCAAACAGCACUUGAUGGUUCCUGCAAGAUGCCCUCAAUAUGACAACAGAUAUCAGUCAAUGUACACCAAGAACUACAGAUGGGAGCAGGAAACUAUUAAAAUAAUGUCAAGAGUUCACCUUAUCAGAGAAAUCAACCACUUCACUCAACAAGUAGAGGAUGACCAUAUAAUCAAUGAUGAGGCUUAUUUCACUCUCUAUUCCAAAAUUAUUGAAGAGAUCCGUCACCAAAUGGCCGUUCGUUGAGUCCAAAAAGGAGCAUACGAAAACACACUUGAGCCUAAAUUGGAGAAAAGAGCAAGUCUCAUUAGAGAAAGUACUUAUCCUUACAAGCAUUUGUUGUAUAAACAGUAACUUCAA